UUAUCGUUUCCGUUAAAUAUAUAUAUAUACGUAUCGCGAUUAAAUAUGUGAAUUUUAUUUUAACAGUAACGGUAUCGAUCCUGCAUGUGCUAUCACGAUACUCUUUUUUUUUUUUCACGACAAGGACAGGCAGAAGAAAAAUUGCUUUUACAACCGGCUUGUGAGAUGCAGACCGUGCGUACGUUAGACGAUUGAUAAGAUUGAUCCAAAACAACGCGUCGGUAGCGACAGUUCAAAAACUGUUUGAACAACAAUGAAGUCAUCGAUGUUCGAAAAUGACUAACUCUGGGGGCGAGAUGUCACGCUAAACACUACGUGUAAUAAUGAGUCUACGUGGGAUCAAUAUACACACACAUACAUCAUUCACGUUCGGAUAAACUUGCGUAAGCUGCGCCGGCGCGUUUUGUUCGCCACAAGGUUCGAGGUUGAGUCUCCGCUCGUACGCUCGUGAUGGUGCUGUUUCCUCUUCUCCGCUCAGUCGCUGUCAGUCGUUAGACGCGUUGCGCCACUGACUCCUCUAACAUCUGUGAAACCGGGACAAACGAAUUUGAGCUUUGAUGUUGUCAUAUGUUAACACGGCGAUUCAAUAGAAACAUGCGAUUUGUUCUUGAACAUUCGUGUGUGUGAUAAUAUCUGAUAACCCGCCGAAUCUGUGUAGUAACGCAAGACGGAUAUAUACGCGAAAAGCCGAGAUCGGUGCUGACACGCAUCGUUACAUCACGUGCAAUUAUUUAUUGUUGUACUGGUCGCUUGCAGUGACGAUGCCCGCGCAACUCAGCAAGUUUGCGAUCGACACGAGCUGCAUGGACUAUGUUCACCCGUGGACAACUUCGUGCAUCAGUUCGAACACGGGUCUCGGUUUACACUCGUUGCAAGAAUCUCUCCGAAUAUACACGACUGUUUACAUAAUUGCUUUUUUAAUGAGAAAAAAAAUACCAUCAAAGGAAGAUAUCAUAAAAACUGCGUUAGGCAUUCUCCAAUCUACAGCAUUUCUCUCAUGGAGCGGUUUUUCUUACGCAAUGUUUAUUUGUCUAUUAAGACGGAUUUUCGGAUGUUUUUAUCUCCCAACUAUAUCUUUUUUACCAGCCUUCUUAUCUAGCUUUACUGCUAUUCUGAUAGAGAGAACCUCUAGACGAACAUUGUUGUGUCUCUAUGUGUCGAACAUUGCAACGGAAACGUUGUUUAGAAUGGGCGUGUGGCGAGGAUAUUUCUCGCCCAUUCCGAAAGGAGAGGUAUAUAUCUUCGCUGUAAGCGUAGCUGUAUUACUGUACUUCUUCCGAUCAAAAGUUAAUAAACAGGAUCAAAUAUACAAAAUACUUAGGAUAAUUGCUGGCAAACACGAAGAAUCGGAAUACCUCAUAAACAGAAACUCGCGUCCUGAAACAACAUCGGAUAACGAAACUGUUGACAGAAUACCAGAAAGUGGAAAAAGUUUACGGAAUAAUUCACGAAAACCCAGAACUAAUAUUGUUCGGACAUCGUUUGAGACGUACAAAUACAUCAUUAACAUUAUAAAAGCACAAAGUAAGCACGCCUCGUGUCCACAUCCUUACAGCUGUAUACAUUACGUCUUGAUGGAUAGCGCAAAACUCUUCGGUUACGGUGUUUGCGGACAAUUAGCACUUAACUCAAUCUUACAAUUUAAAAGAUUGCUUCAGAAGCCAAAAUUAUUAAAGUCCAUCGUCUUUCGAAAACAAAACUUAAAUCUAGCUGUAUUUGUUGGAGGAUUCACCGGUCUUUAUAGGUUAGCGUCGUGCUUGCUGAGGAGAACUUUCAACAAAGAUUCGCACACUUACGCUAUUCCCGCUGGACUUAUCGCGAGUACGGCGUUUAUGGCGUUUCCCAACAAUACUAUAACUUUGUAUUUUAUGUGGAAGGCAUUACAGCUAUUGUGGAAUGACGCAGUAGAAAAGAAAAAAUUACCUGAAGUAAAAUGGUUUGUUAUUUUCUUAUAUUGUUUAAGUACAUCUAUUCUUUUCCACGCAGCCAUAAUGGAACCGCAAAACUUAAGAUCGUCCUACUGGAGAUUUCUUUACAACAUGUCUGGUGGAAGAAUAGCAAUAAUGAGACGGGAACCUUUGGAUUUCUUUGGCUUGGAAACUAGCAAACAUUUGCAAGAAGUGCUCAGGAAGACAAAGACCACAGAUAAACUUACUUUUUCUUUCUGAACUAAAAGUGCUAAAGUACAAGUGUUCCACAACGACAGAACGUACCUUAUCUUGUUUUAUUUUCAAAAACGUAUCCUGCAGAACCAAAGACUGCAAGCAGAGAUGUACUAUAUAUACGUGUUUUUGAUACACAUUAACUAAUAUUUAAAAAAUAUAAACUAAGAGUUUUAAACAUUAUAUAUAC